CGACGUGCGAACGAAGGUCGCCAAGUCGUGGAAGGCCUUCCAUGGACUGAAGUCGAUGGUCUCAGGGCUCUCAGGCCUGUCCCAGCAAAGGAAGGGAGAACUCCUGAUGACGAUGGUGAGAACAAUCAUGCUGUACGGAUUGCAAUCGCGAUCAGUAUCGGCCGGGGAGAUCAAGCUAAUGCAGAAAGCGGAG